CCAGACAAAGGCACGACAUUAUAAUAAGGUGAGAGUUGGGGUUACAGUUCUUACUUUCAUGCUGUGCGUCAUGCCUGAUUCCCCAGACAAACUCACCGAAACUCGAGCCCUUUUGUUCCUGUCCCCAAUGUCAUCGCCUUCCAGAUGAACUCAUCCGGCGGGACCCACUCUCCCGCCACCUUUUGCCGCAAAACCCGGCGUCGACGAAGGUGUGGAACGGGAGCUCCGUCAACCCCGCUCCUGCACUGGACUUUCUAUAACAACAACGACGAAAAGAAGAAACACCCCCACCACCAACAGCAACACCCCUCCGCACGGGCUGGAGCUGGAGGCCGACACUUGGAGCUGUCGGCGAGGAAGCUGGCGGCUGGACUCUGGCAGUUGCGGCCGUCUGCUGAGUUGUCCUGCCGCCGAAAUGGUGGCUUUGCCUGUAAACGUAGAUCCUCUGACCGCUUUCGGCCUGGCAAACGUGGUUCGGACACAAAGCAUGAUCAGUUACGGAGAAGCCAAUCCACCAUAUUGGGUCCAAAGCAGGGAACCCUUUAUAAUCUUGAAUCUGUUUUCCCAUAUUCAAAGUCUGUAACAGAAGGAGCAACUAAGUGGGACAGCAGAUGCUUGAAAACACCCAUUGAAGCAUAUUGUUUUGUAAGUCACAUGAAGCUUCUUGAGGAUCAAGUCAAAACUGUGUCCUUUGUGUCUGCGCUGCAAGCAAAGCUAGUGCGAGCUCAAUUAUACAUUCAUGACCUUGAAUCUGAAGUGCGGUCCUCCAGAAAAAAAGUCAAGUACUUACUGAGGAAGCUUGGAGAGGAAAGAAUGGCACAGAACAAGAAAGUACAUGAUAAUAUUUAUGCACUUAUUGAUGAUUUGAAAGGUCAAUUGAGCAGGGAAAGGAAGAACCAACAAGGGAUGGAGAUUCUUAAUUCUCAAUUAGUAAAGGAGCUUGCUGAAGCUAAAUUAUCAGCAACGAAGUUAAUUCAAAAAUAUGAGGAAGAAAAAAGAACCAGAGCGCUGAUGGAGGAAGUCUGUAAUCAGCUAGCUACGAAGAUUGGUGAAGAUAAGGCUGAAGUUGAAGACCUGAGAAUAGAAAUCGUGAAAAUCCGAGAAGAGGUGGAAGAAGAGAGAAAGAUGUUACAGAUGGCUGAGGUUUGGCGAGAAGAACGUGUCCAAAUGAAGUUGAGUGAUGCAAAGUUGGCUCUUGAAAGUAAGUACUCUCAGAUGAACAAGCUGAUAACAGUCCUUGAAACUUUUCUGAGGUCAAGAAGCGCAAGCCUGGGUGUGACAGAGUUAAGAACAGCUGAAGUGAUUGGACAGGCAGUAAUAUCAGUUAGUAAUAUUCAAGAUAUUGAGGAAUUUUCUUAUGAGCCUUUGAGAUCAGGGGAUAUAUUCUCAAAUUUUGAAGGACUACAGCAAGUUGAAGUUUCUGAGAGGGAAAUUGAACCAUGCUUUAAUUACUGUUCUACUGGUGAUGUUUCUAAUUACCACCCUGCGUGUCCUGAGACAAAUAAUCAUGGCAACGAUGGUGUGCCAAAGCAUUCAAGUGCAUUUGUUGAUUACAACAGUGGCAUGGAAGAAGACAGCAGAGGCCAGGAAAGAGUUAAUCAUGCUGAGAAUCAGGGUUCAAGUUAUUGUUUUGAAGAGAUUAUGAACAUAGUUGGUGGAUGCAAAAAUGCUCCAAGGUGUGAAAUAGAAUGGGAUGAAACCACCGGUGGAAAUACUCCAAAUACAGAAAUUAGUGAAAUAUGUUCAAUAUCUGCAGAAUGGUCAAAGCGGAAAAAAUCUUCCGCAAAGCUUCGGACACCAUGUGCAAAUAGUAGUGGCCACAAAGCAAUAUCAGACGAAGGUGGUGGAAGGCUUUCAAGUGGAACAGUUUCCAGUCUGGGGACAAUUUUUCCAAGUAGGAAGUCUGUCAAAGGAGGACUUAGGCACCAGAACUCAAUGGGGCAAUGGGGUUCUAGAGACUUGGUAAAUCCACACAUAGCUCGAGGCAUGAAAGGGUCCAUUGAAUGGCCUAGAGUCCUCCAGAAGAAUACUUUGAAGGCAAAGCAUUGGAAGCCUGGACUGAAAGAGAGAAAGUUCAGUUGCACCGACACUGCACCGGUUGAUUCAUAGGCAAACUAUAGGUUUUUCAAUAUCAUUUUUUUAGAAGCAAGUAUCCGCAGAGCAAGGAUAUGGUCCUGGAAGACACAGACCCAAUAUCUACUCUUACUAGGUUCUUCCUUUUCUUUGAACCUCUUCAGUCACUUUACAACUCUGAUAAAAAGAUUCUUCUCAUCGCUUAUCUAGUUUGUUUUUACAAAUUACAGUCUCCCAGUCCUGGCGGUUGCCAAGUAAGGCAUUCUUGCCUGUCUGUAUAACUGAUAUGGUUACCAGAAUUUAUCAAUAUAAUUCUUUUUUCCUGAAA